AGAUUUAAUCCGAAAGCCUCUCACAUGGAAUUAGUGUAGAGAAGUUACUUUAUUUAAUAUUAGUUAUAUGAUUUUUAAUUUGCAACAUUGUUAAGAACGAACCAAUGUCAAUACGAUAUAAUUUCUAAUAGUUAGAUACUGCACAUAAAAAUAUUUUAAGUGUUCGAUUAAUUAUAUUCCAAAACAAUACUGUUUAGGUGCUAAGCGUUUGUAAACAUUUUUUUGUAUCAAAUUUUAAAAAUGGAAUCUAGUUCUGAUGUUAAUUGUAAAUUUAUAUUCAAAAAACGUACAAUUAAAAAUAGAGGUACAAGAAAACGACAAGCGUCGAGUUCUGAAGAAGACCAAAGCGAAAACGAAGAUCAACAACAAUGUACAGUUAAACAAAAUAAACGUAAAUUAAAGUCAAAUCCAAACAUCCAUACCACUAAUAAUUUACAAAAGCGACAAACAAACGUAGAUACUGAAAAAUCAAAUAGCAGCGAUGAAGAUUUCAGAGUAAAUUACAAAUCUAACAGAUCAGCGAUGUCCGCGGGACCAUCAGAUCAAGGAGCUACUGCUACUGUGGAAAUUGACACAGAACGAGAUAGGGAUGCUCAAGCUAUAUUUGAAAAGCGAUUGGAAAUUAACAAAGAUCUAGAAGGAAAAGAAGAUGAUAAAAUAUACAGAGGAUUAAAUAAUUAUACUCAAUAUUAUAAACCCAAAGAUACUGCAGCAGGAAAUGCUAGUUCAGGUAUGGUUAGAAAAGGUCCUAUUAGAGCACCAGCUAACUUACGAGCUACGGUACGAUGGGAUUAUCAACCAGAUAUAUGCAAAGAUUAUAAAGAAACAGGAUUUUGUGGUUUUGGGGAUAGCUGUAAAUUUCUUCACGAUAGAAGCGAUUAUAAACACGGUUGGCAAUUGGAAAGAGAAUGGAAUGAAGGAAAUUACUCGAAAGAUAGUGAUGAUGACACCAGAUAUGAAAUUCAUUCCGAUGAAGAAGAUUUACCAUUUAAAUGUCUUAUAUGUAGAGGGAGUUUUGUGGAUCCUGUUGUAUCUAAGUGUAAACAUUACUUUUGUGAAAAAUGCGCCUUGGAAAGAUUUAAGAAAAACAAAAAAUGUAUUGUUUGUAACAAGUUAAUCACCAGUUUCAAUCCAGCGAAUAACUUGAUAGCCAAAUUGAAGAAUAUUAAAUCAGAGGAAGAUAAUCGACAAUCAGAUAGCUCAGAUUAAUAAAUAAUGUAUCUAUGAAUAAAUUGUUUAUUUUUAUCUUACAAUCUUAUUCCAAAGAAGCUAUUAAAAGGUAAGGAAAAAUUAAUUUUAGUUAACAGGAAACUUUGGAUGUACUGAAGUUGGCCUAAAUCUUAUUUUACUUGUAAUACAAUUGAUUAAAACUUUGAAACUUAUUGAUGUUGUUGGUGUCUUCAUCUCUCGUUGAUAGUAAAGUUCUAUCUGAGGGCAAUUUAUUAUUUCUAACAUUCAGAGGCGUAACAUUGAUGCUUUCAGUAGGUAUAUGAUUUGAUUUUGGUAUUACUUACCAAUUGGCACUAGAGCCUGGUGUUUGCUUUGGCCUCCUCGACAAUUCGGCUCCAAACUGUUCUGUUCUUUAUUAACAUUUCCCAUCCUCUCACAUUAUUUGUUUGAUAGUCUUCAUAGACUUGAUCAGUCCAUUUGAUUCGAGGUCUGCCUCUUUUUCUACUGCUGUAUAUUUUCGCAUUAAUGAUUCCCUCAGGUCUUUCAUUCUUUCAAUGUGGCUAAACCUCUGGGCUUUAAUGAAUCAAACUUGUUUUUGGUAUCUUAUACUUAAACAUUAUACAUUGUAGGGCUGUUCACAUAAAAAUAAAGUAAAAAGGUCGCAGAAUAUGUCAAUAAACAAAAAUAAAGUCACUAGAAGAAGUGAUAUUCAGGAUAGGAGUAGCAAAUAUAAACUAUUAGAAAA